GCAUUCGGCUAGCGCGCCGGGCGGGAGGCGCGGCGCGGCGCGGCGCGGCGCGGCGGCGGCGGCUGUGGGGCGGUCGGUCGGUGUCUCUCGGCGCUGCGGUUGCUGCCGGCUUCCCGCGAGUCCCCUGCCGCCAUGGCGGAGCCGGCGGACAAGCUGUACCGGGCUGAGUACGCCAAGAGCGGCCGGGCCUCGUGCAAGAAAUGCGGGGAGAGCAUCGCCAAGGACUCGCUGCGCCUGGCCAUCAUGGUGCAGUCACCCAUGUUCGAUGGUAAAGUCCCCCACUGGCAUCAUUAUACUUGUUUCUGGAAGCGGGCCCGACUCGUGUCCCAUGCAGAUGUUGAUGGCUUCCCUGAGCUCCGAUGGGAAGAUCAGGAGAAAAUCAAAAAAGCAAUUGAAACUGGAGGAGUCGCAGCAGGUAAAGGGACUGACCAGGAGGGAGGUGGCAAGGCUGAGAAGAGUUUAAAUGACUUCGCUGCAGAAUAUGCCAAGUCUAACAGAAGUACCUGCAAAGGUUGUGAACAGAAAAUAGAAAAGGGCCAGAUCAGAAUUUCCAAGAAGAUGGUGCAUCCUGAAAAGCCCCAGCUGGGAAUGAUAGAUAAUUGGUACCAUCCUGACUGCUUUGUCAGCCACCGAGCAGAACUGGGCUUUCUCCCUGCAUUUGGAGCCAGUCAGCUCCAGGGCUUUGGGAUGUUGAAAGCAGAAGAUAAAGAAGCUCUGAAAAAGCAGCUGCCUGCCAUGAAGAGUGAAGGAAAGAGAAAAGGAGAUGAGGUGGAUGGAAAUGUGACCUCAAAAAAGAAACAGAAAAAAGAAAAAGACAGAGAAUCCAAGCAGGAGAAGCUGUUGAAGGAGCAGACAGAAUUGAUUUGGAGCAUCAAAGAUGAGCUGAGGAAAGUCUGUUCCACUAACGACCUGAAAGAGCUGCUGAUAGCCAACAAACAGGAAGUGCCUUCUGGGGAAUCUGCUAUCUUGGACCGAGUAGCAGAUGGGAUGGCCUUCGGAGCUCUGCUUCCCUGUGAGGAGUGCAAGGGGCAGUUUGUGUUCAAGAGUGAUGCAUACUACUGCUCAGGGGACAUCACUGCCUGGACUAAAUGUGUUGCCAAAACACAGACCCCCAACAGGAAGGAAUGGAUAAUCCCAAAGGAGUUCCGGGAAAUCUCCUACCUGAAGAAGUUUAAGUGUAAAAAGCAAGACAGAGCAUUCCCUCCAGAGGCUGUGGCUGUGAACGCAGUGCUUCCAGCAGCAGCUUCUGCUCCUUUGACAGAGAAGGCGUCUGUGCCAGCAGAUAAGCCAUUAUCCAGCAUGAAGAUUUUGACCCUUGGAAAAUUAUCCAGGAACAAGGAAGAAGUGAAGGCUAUGAUUGAGGACCUGGGCGGAAAGGUGACAGGGACAGCGAACAAGGCUACCCUGUGCAUCAGCACACAAAAGGAAGUUGAGAAAAUGACCAAGAAGAUGGAAGAAGUGAAGGAGGCCAAAGUCCGGGUGGUCUCAGAGGAGUUUCUGCAGGAUGUGAAAUCCUCCCGCAAGGGCUUCCAGGAGCUCCUGUCGCUGCAUGCGCUCUCGCCUUGGGGUGCAGAGGUGAAGCAGGAGCACACGGAGACGUCCCUGGGAGGAAAGUCCAGCGGGCUCCCAAAUAUGAAGAGUGCUGGGAAGGUCAAGGAAGAACAAGGAACCAGCAAGUCUGAAAAGAAAAUGAAGUUAACAGUUAAAGGAGGAGCAGCAGUGGAUCCUGAUUCAGGUUUGGAGGACUCUGCUCAUGUCUUUGAAAAGAGUGGUAAAAUCUUCAGUGCCACGCUCGGCCUGGUAGAUAUCGUCAGAGGAACCAAUUCCUAUUACAAACUGCAGCUACUGGAGGAUGACAGAGAGAUCAGGUACUGGGUUUUCAGAUCUUGGGGUCGUGUUGGCACUGCGAUUGGGAGUAACAAACUGGAGCAGAUGCCAUCUAAAGAUGAUGCCAUUGAGCACUUCUUGAAUUUGUAUGAAGAGAAAACGGGCAACUCCUGGCAUUCCAAGAACUUCACUAAAUAUCCCAAAAAAUUCUACCCCCUGGAAAUAGACUAUGGACAGGAUGAAGAAGCUGUGAGGAAACUGACAGUGAGUGCUGGGACCAAGUCAAAGCUUCCUAAGCCAGUCCAGGACCUUAUUAAGAUGAUCUUUGAUGUGGAGAGCAUGAAGAAAGCCAUGGUGGAAUUUGAGAUUGACCUCCAGAAGAUGCCACUGGGAAAGCUGAGCAAGAGGCAGAUCCAGAGUGCAUACUCCAUCCUUAACGAAGUUCAGCAGGCAGUUUCUGAUGGUGGCAGUGAUUCUCAGAUACUGGAUCUCUCCAAUCGCUUCUAUACCCUGAUACCUCAUGACUUUGGGAUGAAGAAACCACCUCUCUUAAAUAACCUAGAUCAUAUCCAGGCCAAAGUGGAGAUGUUAGACAACCUGCUUGAUAUUGAGGUCGCUUACAGCCUUCUCAGAGGUGGAAAUGAAGAUGGGGAUAAAGACCCAAUUGACAUCAACUACGAAAAGCUCAAAACUAACAUUAAGGUUAUUGAUAAAGAUUCAGAAGAAGCCAAGAUCAUAAAGCAGUAUGUGAAGAAUACACAUGCCUCUACCCACAAUGCAUAUGAUCUAAAAGUUGUGGAUAUCUUCAAGAUUGAACGUGAAGGAGAAAAUCAGCGUUACAAACCGUUCAGACAGCUUCAUAAUCGCCAGCUGCUCUGGCAUGGCUCCCGCGCUACCAACUUUGCUGGCAUCUUCUCACAGGGUCUCCGAAUAGCUCCACCUGAAGCUCCUGUGACUGGUUACAUGUUCGGUAAAGGAAUCUAUUUUGCGGACAUGGUAUCCAAGAGUGCCAACUACUGUCACACGUCUCAGACUGACCCAAUAGGCUUAAUCUUACUGGGAGAGGUUGCCCUUGGAAACAUGCAUGAGCUAAAGAAUGCUUCCCACAUAACUAAGUUGCCCAAGGGAAAACACAGUGUCAAAGGUUUGGGCAAAACUGCACCGGAUCCUACAGCCACUAUCACUCUAGAUGGUGUAGAUAUUCCUUUAGGGAAUGGGAUUCCAUCUGGAGUUAGCGAUACCUGUCUUCUAUAUAAUGAAUAUAUUGUCUAUGAUGUUGCUCAGGUAAAUUUGAAGUACCUGCUGAAACUGAAGUUCAACUAUAAGACAUCACUCUGGUGAACCCUAUUUAGAAGCCCCGUUAAUGAGUUAUAAUGUAGUUACAUUCUAGUGCUGACUUCUGACAUGCUUAAGCAUUGACUUCCCUUAUCAAGGUAUCAAAGCGCUAAGAUGCAGCAGAGGUUACUAAAUCCAUAUUUAGUAAAUCACUUUAGUAAGAGGUUUUUAUAUAAAUAUGUGGCAGCACAUGGAACUGAAUUCUGAUGAGAAUGAAUACCUGGUUUUGUUUUAAGCCACUUCUAAUUUUUGGGCUAUCAAGUGUGUCUUUGAAUUGAUGGUAGACCAAAAAAAAAAAAAGGAAGGGGAUUUUAGCCAAAUAGAGUUGGGGAGGAAAAGGAAUUUAUGAAUGUUUACAAAUAGAUGCGCUAUUUAAAAAUAAGUUGCCCACUUGUUUAAAAUAUCCUCUUCCAGUUUUGAUUUUGAAUAAAUGUUAAACGUGCAUUUAUUUUGAGGUAAAAAUAAAAGCUAAUUUCAUACUAA